AUGGGCGGCAAAAACGCUCACCGCGGCUUCCCCGUUGAGAACCGCAAGAUCGACGAGCUCGAGGUCGUCUACUCGGGAUGGAUCCUCAAGAAGAAGCGCAAGAAGAUGCAGGGCUACGCAAAGCGUUUCCUCGUGCUUACAAACGAAGGCAUCCUCACCUACGCAAUCAGCCCCGAAAAGGCUACUCGAGAUGCCAUCGAAAUCCCCCACGCCUCUGUCACCUCCAGCAUGCGUCACGGCACCAUUCACGUCGAUUCCGGCUCGAGUGUCUUCCACCUGAAAGCCCUCUCGCCGCAAGACUUUGAGUCGUGGCGCAAGCACCUCCGCUCCUUCAUCCCCGACCGCGCCGCCGGCAGCUUGCAGAAGCUGUACGUCUCCAACGGCAACGACAUGCAGGCGGUCGACCUCAGCCAGGUUUGGACUCACCUCGACCAGAGCGCCGCCCUGGUCAAGGACCUCGAGAAACGCUCGGCUGCGCUCAAGGGCAAAUCCACCAAUUACACCGGUGCCGUCCUCAAUGCGGUAGGCGCCAAGUCCAGCGACGACGACGACAUCGCUGCAUUCCACAUUGCCGCCGAAAACCUCGUCGUCGAGUUCGAGGAGCUCAAAUCUGCCAUGGAGUCCAAGAUCCCGCGUGUCGAUCAGAGUUCCGGAACCAUGCGUUCCAUGUCGGCCGACUCUAGCAUCUCCAACAUCUUUGGCGGCGCCAACCGUAGCAAGCGCAUGUCUGGCUCGUCGUUUGCUACGACAGGCACCGACUCGGCUGUCUUCUACGACGCCGACAGCCACGGCGAGGAGCUCUUCAUGGACGACGACGGCGCCGGCAACGACGAUGGCAACACCUCGCGCUCCGAGAGCAGUGAUGCCGAGGGCGGCUCCGACUCCGAGGCGGACGAGUCCUCCGCCGACACGGACGACACCAACACCAUCUCGGAAGUCGGCGGUGGCGGCGGCAAGUCUGUGCAGUACCGCAAGCAGCUCCCCGCCAAGGUCUCGGGCGACGAAGUCUCGCUCUUCAGCAUGCUCAAGAAGAACGUCGGCAAGGAUCUGUCCACCAUUUCGUUCCCCGUCUCGUUCAACUGCCCGCUCUCCCUGCUGCAGGCGGCGGCGGAAGAGUACGAAUACGCCAGCGACCUGCUCACGCGAGCGGCCAAGUCUGAGGAUUGGGUCGACCGAAUCAGCCUUGUCGGCGCCUUUGCCGUCUCGGGCUAUGCGAGCACCAAGCUGCGCAACAGCCGCAAGCCGUUCAACCCGCUCCUCGGUGAAACCUUCGAGUGCGUGCGCGAGGACAAGAACCUCAAGUUCCUCGCCGAGAAGGUGGUGCACCAGCCGCCCAUCGUCGCGUUCUACGCCGAAGGUAAAGGUUGGAAGGCGCAAGGCUGGUCUGCGGUCAAGAACAAGUUCUGGGGCAAAUCGCUCGAGCUCAUCCCCGAGGGUGCCAUCCGAAUCGAGUUCGGCGACGGCGACGUCUUUUCGAUCAACAAGCCCUCUUCGUUCAUGCGCAACCUGCUGGCGGGCAACAAGUACCUCGAGCACGUCGGCGAGCUCACGGUGACCAACGAGUCGUCCGGCCAACGCGCCGUGAUCGAGUUCAAGGAGGGCACCAUGUGGGGCGGCUCCGGCUCGCGCAACGGCGUCGAAGGCAAAGUAUACGACGCUAAUGACUCGAAUGUUACCUCUCUCAAGGGCAAGUGGUCGGACAAUUUCUCUCGUCAGAAGGACAAGGACAACUACCAAAUGCUGUGGGAGGCUAACGAGAUGCCGCGCGAUGCCGAAGACUACUACGGUUUCACCCAUUUCGCCAUGUCGCUCAACGAGAUCACGGAUGACAUCAAGGACAUUCUUCCGCCGACCGACUCGCGCUUGCGACCCGAUCAACGGGCCUUUGAGGAAGGCGAAGUGGACAAGGCCGAAGACCUCAAGAAGAAGCUCGAGGAAGCCCAACGAUCGCGUCGCAAGAAGCUCGAGGAGAGCGGCGACUCGCACAAGCCCAAGUGGUUCCACAAAUCCAAAGACGCCCCCGAAUGGGUCUACGGCGGAGAGGACGGAAGCGAGUACUUCAAGAUCCGAAAGAAGGCCGCGGACAACGACAAGGAUGAGGCGUGGAACGAGGCCGACGUGCUCAACGUGUUUGAUGUGUAG